CUCCGCGCUCUGCUCCCCAGGCCUGCCGCCGCCAUCGGCGCUGCGCUGCGCGGCCUGCACGGGGCGGCCCGGGCCCCGACGCCCGCCUCCCUCGGCUCCCUUCAGCGCUCCCGGCCAGGGGGACCGGCGAUCGGCGGUCCCGGGGGAUCGCGGCGGCGCCGGCAUGUCCGAGGGUUGCGGAUGGGUGAUGCAAAGCCGAGAGAAGUCUCUUUUUCCUUUCAAGCACUGCAGGGUAAAGAAGCAUGAGCUGAGCGAAGCUGCCGGCGCCGUGUCAGCGCCCUGAAGUGCCACCAUGUCAGAAGCUGGGUCCUCAGAAAGUAAGAGAGCCCGAGUAAGCUUGUCACUGAGCAAGAAGAAGACAAAAAAAGAAACAGCAAAGAAAGUGGAAGUUAAAGGCACGCCACCUCUACGUUCAGAAUCCUCCUCUAUUAUUUCAUUUUUUAACAAUGUGCCCCCUGCAAAAAUUACCUGUCCCAUGUGUGGGCAAAUGGUACCAAGAUACGGAAUAAAUGAGCACAUAGAUGCCAUGUGUCCAGGCAGCCAGGGCGAGCUGCGUGGUGUCGAUUCAACACUGAGCUCUGCUAAGAGCGAGGGUCCUCCCGGUACAAAUGUGGACAAUAAUUCCAGCCCAUACUUCUCAAAAAACCUCUCAAAUCUAAGCCCGAGUCCUUCCAAAAGCAGUGUGUUGAAAACAGAAGGGAGUGCGGCACAACAGAUUAGCCCUUAUUUUAGCAACAGUAGUUCAGACUGUAGCAUUCACAGUGAACCAAGGGAUCACCCAGUUAAAGUCGUCUCUUUGGGAAGCUUGUCAUCUAAACUGUCCAGAAGACGUUGCGUCCAGGGAGGAAAACAGGUAGUAUAUAAAGAGAUCGGCUCUUCACCCCCAGCUGUUCACAGUAUGUGCAAAAGUGCUGUAACACUGGAUGAUGCUGAUGAUGAGAUUUUUUCUGGGCAUAGUUCUCAGAAAGAAAAUGAGCUUGCUCAGGGAGAUCAUGAGGAACAAAAUCCUUCAAAAAAGGAAUCUGAAUUUCAAGAAGAAAUAAACAAAUGUGGUAGGGAAGACCUUGUGGAUGUUGUUCAGGUAUUGCCACCAGCUGUUAACAGCAAGAGAUUACCAUUUGGUACAAGGAACACCAAAACAGAAAGUAGAUCUGAAGGUGUGAUGCUUAAUCCUGAUAACUGUGAAACACAUUUAGCCAUUUAUACUUCAGCAGAGCCGAUCAGUAGUUUGAAGGUAAAGACUCAGCUUCAUGCUCAACUUACUCCGUCUUCCAAAAUGGAAGUGAACUGCAGUGCACAAAAUUGCUCUGGAAAGGGUGAUGUACAGGUACUUCCUGUGGAAGUUCAUGAACACUUUAAGGAUGACGUUAAUCAUAAUUUUUCAGAAACUGUGCAAAAGGUGGAGUUUCAAAAUUCCACUGGUGACAUUGUAGACAAAAUAAAUGAGGUUAUCUCUGUUCCGAACGCUCCUGGUCAACCAUAUUACCUCCAGAAUUUUUUAGUGGUGUUGCGAGCAGUCUUGGAGAAUGAAGAUGAUGUGAGACUAUUUGAUGAUCAAGAUAUGAACGUUAUUACUAAGUUCUGCCAAUUAUCAGUUGGUGGGCAGAAGUUAUAUGUGAGACUUUUUCAACGCAAGCUGAACUGGUUAAAAGUGAACAAAAUAGAGUAUGGAGAGAUAAGUCUGGAUUUGUCACCAAUAAUUGAAGAACUGGUUGAAGCCAGAUUUCUGCAGACAGAAUCUGAACUGGAAGACCUGGGUGAAGGGCUGGAUUUACUUUCAGCUCCUGAGCUAAAAACAUUAGCAAAGAUCUUUCACUUGCCAAACCCAAACGGUCAGAAACAGCAACUUGUGGAUGAUUUUCAGAGAUUGGCAAAACAACGUUCAGUCUUCAGCAGGAGUCAGGCUGGUAUUGGGACAGUGAUUUUAAAAAGGGCAAAGGAUCUAGCUGGAAGAUCUGUCAGGGUCUGUAAAGGCCCUCGGGCUGUCUUUUCUCGAAUCCUGCUGCUAUUUUCACUUUCUGAGUCAAUAGAGGAUGAAGAAGCUGGUAGUGCUGGUCAAAGUCAGCUCUCCACAGUCCUUAUGGUAAACAUGGGGCGUAUGGUAUUCCCCAGUUACACUGUAAAUAGGAAAACACAAAUCUUCCAGGACAGAGAAGAUCUUAUCAGGUAUGCAACUGCUGCUCAUCUGUCAAAUGAUAUAGCCACUGCAGUGGUAAAUGGGAACUUGGAAGAAGCUAAUCAUCUCUAUAUGUGUGCGAAAGAAACGUGGAAUAAACUGAAAAAGCACCCCUCUUUGAGCUAUCACAGAGUUCUACCCGAGUACCUGCGACGUUUCACAGUUGGCUGGGUAUAUACAAGAAUACUUUCUCAAGGUGUUGAAAUUUUGCAGAGACUUCACAUGUACAAGGAAGCGGUGAAGGAGCUGCAGACUCUUUUGUCUCAGGAUGUGUAUUGUACUGACAGCAGAGGGCGGUGGUGGGACCGUCUGGCUCUGAAUUUACAUCAGCACUUGAAAAACACUAAGAAGGCCAUUGACUGUAUUCGAAAUGGACUGGCAGACCCAUUUGUACGUACUGGGCAUCGUCUCUCUCUCUACCAGCGGGCCCUUCGCAUCAGAGACUCGCCAAGCUGCAGGCAGUUCAGAUGCCUAUUGCAUGAUCUGCCAGUCAUAACUGUGGAGGACGUGACUCAUGUUACAAUCAAAGGAAAGAUGUGUCCUCAAAUGGGACUGGGAAAAUCUGUAUUUCUAAUGGAGGAUGUCGGUGAUGAAGAAGGAGGCAAAGACUUCAGUGUAUCCACAGUCAUGUGCUCAGUUGAGGAGCUUGCGUUAACUCAUUACAGGAAGAAUGGAUAUGAUCAGGGUAUUCAUGGCGAAGGGUCAACAUUUAUUACACUGUAUGGUAUUCUAAUGUGGGAUAUCGUUUACAUGGAUGACAUACCUGAUGUCUUCAGAAAUUCCUAUCAGACAGUCCCUCUGGAUUUAUACACUGACAGCUUCUAUGAGAACAGGAGGGAUGUCAUUGAGGCCAGACUCCAGCAGCUUCAUGCAUCUUCCUCAGAGAAACUGGCAAAGUUGAUUGCUGACAUCUGGACUACUCAGGAGGGAAAAGCAGCAGCACUGGUUAGCUGGGGACGUUUUGAUUCCCUCCAACAAGUUCAGAGCCUUGUCACUUGCCUUGGAGGAAUGUUUCUGAGUGGUGUUUUUAGGCGACUUUCCAAAGAUCUGCGCCAUUGCAGAGGGGGACUGCCUGACCUGGUUGUGUGGAGUACUCACAGUAAUCACUUUAAGCUGGUGGAAGUGAAAGGUCCCAAUGAUCGCCUGUCCCCCAAGCAGAUGAUCUGGCUGAGUGAACUGAAGAAGCUGGGUGCUACAGUAGAAGUCUGCCAUGUGCAAGCAGUUGGAGCUAAGAGUAAACGCCUCAGUUGACAAGAGAUGUCUUGCUCACACGGGUAACUUGGGUGUUUUAAAGGAAAUGGCACAACACACACUACUGGCUGCUGCUUGUUUAAAAUAUUGUCUUCUAAACUCUGGCUUCUUGGAGCACAAAACAUUCUAAAGAAUAGUUUGAAAAAACUUCAUGAUUUAACGUACAUCACUUGUGUUCAGAAGAACAUAGCCUCUUUUAUACACAAUUCAUAAUUUAAUCUGUGAAAAGUAAUCUCUGCCCAGUGAAGACAAACAGCUGCAGUCACAUUUGUACCCAUGAGAACACUCUCUACAAUAAAAAAUGUGGGACAUCAAGGUCUGAUCGUUUCCAUGUUGCCUUGGUAGCUUGAGCGUGUUCAUUAUGUUGUGCAGGUUUCAUGCUCACCUCCUCUCCCAGGAUGUCAGGACCAGCAUGGGUCUCCAAUUGUCCCUACUUCAUAUUCUGUAUUCCAAUUUCUCAUUUUAAUAUAAAAAAGGUCAAAAUGAUAGCAUAGAGUAAGGUAUGUGUGUGUAUAAGUGCUAAUUUAAUUUGCUGCUAUAACUGAAAGGCUUGCUUAAUCGUUCCUUGUGUCUCACACAUACGUGUGAUCUGCAAUGUGUUAUCUGCAAAAAGGGGAAGUGUUUCUGGUAGUAGAUAGGUUGCAGCACUCGUUUGCACAUCAUUCAUCAUAGUGAGUAUUGCCCUACAUAAACGGAUGUGUAUGCUCCUUCACAGAGAAGCGAGUCAAUUGAAAUGGAACCAAAAGCCAAGUCCUUUUUUUAAGACAUGAAAAAUGCAGUGGGUCUGUCUCAAUUUUAACAUGUAGCCAACAGCUUUUCCCUGGAGUCUUCAUUCUCAUGCCACGUUUGUCUGAUAACAGAUAUUCUGUUUAUCAUACAAAUAGCUGACACCUUUAUAGAAUGUAGUGAGAAAUUAAGAUCAGCUGCACUUUUUUUUUUCUUAAUCAUUUUUCAUACAGCACAGUGUCUGUGCUUUUCUUGGGGAAAAAAAACAAAUACAAGUUUUUGUUCCAUUAGAGGAAGUGAAAGAAAGCCACCUGAAGUUCACUGUGGAAAGGUAUGAACUUUUAUUUAGUCUAAUUUACUUCACAUUCACAAUUCGGCAUCAGGAUUUUAUAAUCUUCCUGGCACUGCUACUUUACUCAAUAAAUCAUUAUCAGGCACAAAGGUUUUAGUUUCAGUUGAAAUAGUGAACUCUAAGCCAUCACAGCAACAGCAUUAGAAACCUACUGCCUAGAGCAAUUUGAGGUACAGAUUUCUGUCUCUUAUGGUGGAGGCAAAUUUAAGAUCUCAUCCUUUGCUUAACUGUUGGUUAGAAAUUUUUUGUUUUUAUUGUUUCUUUCUGUCUGAGCAUAAGCCAAAACCUUUGCCCCACUUGCUACAUCUUCAUUAAAAAUACAAGGCAGUUAAAAGCAAAGUGGUAUUGCAGGCAGGUGCACAUUAAACACAUGUGCAGGCCUGGUUAUCUGUAUACACACAAACACACACUUUUCAAUGCAUUUCAGGAAUGAAAGGAAUUUCUUUGAUACAUGGCAGUAAAUGGGGAAUAAAGUUGUACCACCAUGAUUACUAAGUCUACAGUAAUCUUUACCUAGCAGUAAUUAGUGAUACUGGAGGUACACGUUAACCAUAUCAACCAGCAUUUCAUAUUUCCCCCCGCAUGGUUUACAGUGUAGUUACAAAAAAAAAUCAUGAUUAUAACAGCCAGUAACAGCCAAAAUAGUGCACAUAUAUUUUUUUUUUUAGAAACAGACAAAAAAGAUGAGCUUCUUGGUAGUUUUUCUAUUCUGGUAGCAUCAAAAUGGCAUUAACAGUUUAGUAUGUUGAAACAGUGAACAGAAUUAUAAUUUGAAAACGUGUACAUAUAUACACA